GGCCUCUCACGUCGAUAAGGGUGGGUUCGCCCUACUUUCCCGCUCAGUCGAGGAACAGCCGGCGUCCGCACGACACUGCGCUCUACCGCCGGACGCCUCUGCUUCAAUCGAAGUGGUCGCCCAGUCGUUCUCUCCUGUCGUGGUAACUUUUCCCUCCUCGCGCGAAGUUCCCCGCGAAUUCCUCCCUGAAACUGUGCUCGCAGACGAUGGAUCUAACCGUUACCGAUAAUACUCGCCUGUAAAAAGAUUCAGAGGUCCCGUGAUAAGAGGGUCUUUAGCCAGUAAGGUCUAAAGAAGUUCAGGAAAAGGACGCAACUUCGUUUCAAAGAGGAACGAGAUCGUCGAGAUCAUGGGAGGCAGUAUGAGACACCUACACAUUCUUCUCCCAUUUCGUAGACACUCAUUUGUCUGGGGGUGUAUUUUCUUCGUCAGCUGGAGUGUGAUAGCCAUUGAGGUCGUAUCUGCGAGGAGGCUGGCCAGCGAAGACACGAACUACGCCCUACACAAGAAGCACGAGGCUAUGAACGGCAAGAUCAUCUACAAGAACCCGAGGAACGCCCCCUCGGACUCCUGCCCGAGGGAUGAAGAGGCCAUCAAGAGAACGGGGAGGAAAUGCCUGAGGAAAUGCAGCACCGACGCCGACUGUCUGAGCAGAAGGAAGAUCUGUAUCUGUGAUGGCGUCUGCGGCCUCUCUUGCAUCAAACCAGACAGAGAAUGUGGCGACCUCGACAACCCCGUUUUCGGCUUCGUCGAAUUCAACGGGAAACUCGUAGGAUCUCAGGCCAAGUACAAGUGCCAGGAGGGUUAUCAUCUCAUUGGUCAAGAGCACAGAAGAUGUCAAGCAGAUGGUACUUGGUCCUCCAUGCCACCUGAAUGUCGAGAAAAUCUGUACUGCACAGACCCGCCCCUCAUCCCCAACGCCAAACACAACGGCUCCACCGGAGUGACGAGAUUCGCCGUCAACUUGACCCUGGAGUACACCUGCGACCAGGGCUACAGCACCGUCGGGUUCAACGACGCCAAGUGCUUCCUCUACAACAACACUAUGCAGUGGUUCGGGCCGGAGAUGAACUGCGAACCGAAAAGCUGUGGAGACCCCGGUGAGAUUCCCAACGGACAGAAGGAGACGGAGUGCUACACUUUCUCCUGUCGUCUGACCUACAGCUGUCGUCCGGGUUUCACUCUGGAUGGUCGCAACACUCUCUACUGUCAACACGACGGGUCCUGGAAUCCCAAGGAUCUGCCCAAUUGCAAACCGAUCCAGUGUGACCUCCCGAACAAUCCAGAUCACGGAAAGGCCCACUACACCUCAGUCUAUUACAACGCAGUCGUCAACUACGAAUGCAACUACAGCUACAUGAUCGUGGGUCCCACCACUCGGACCUGCGGCCCAGACAUGAAGUGGACGGGGGAAGAGCCCCAGUGUGUAGAGAUCAACUGCGGAUCACCGGGCCUCUUGUAUAACGGAUGGCUGGAUGGCUCCCGGACCAACUUCGGCGCGACCAUCCGGUUUCGAUGCAACAGCAACAUGAAGUACGAGGGUCAUCCUGACCGCAAGACGGAAUGCCAGGAAAAUGGCACCUGGUCCCACCCUCUCCCUAGAUGUUUAGCUGGCUGCAUCGUGCCCACCGUUGAGAAUGGAAGACUCUCCAACGACACGAGACCCGGGUCCCAGGUGCCCCACGGAAGCACAAUCACUGUGACCUGCGAUGACCAUUACGAGCAGUCCCAGAAUCUGCCACCUUCCACCUGUUACAACAGCACUUGGACGCACUACCCGCAUUGUCACCCUGCCAGAUGCAAGCGCCUUCCGGAGCGUCCACGCCACGGCAUGGUCAUCGCCCCAAGGACGGCCCAUGGCAUGAAGGCUCGAUACCGUUGCAAGGACGGGUACAGACUGCAGGGCUCCUCCACUACCAUUUGUCAUUUCGGGAACUGGACCGGUCAUACUCCGCGAUGUAAAAUUGUCUACUGCCCCUUUCCUGGGUACCUGACGAACGGCCGAGUCCUCCUCGUUGGCAAUAUGGGCAUGUAUGACUAUCGACCAUAUGUCAAGAAGGUCCGAAAUAAUCGCCAAAUCCGCUACGAGUGUAACCGGGGGUUCUAUUUGUCGGAGGGGCCACCCGGCGCCACCUGCAUAGCCGGACGGUGGAGCCCUAAGCAUUUGCCCAAAUGCUCUCCCAAGCUACACCCAAGGGUCCAGUGGCUGAAGCGUUCUGUGAAUCUCGCCGACUACCUGAAGUACCUCAAUCAAACUCAAGAAGAAGAGCAGCCUCUGAUGACAACAAUCGCCUCUACCGAGACGGGGCAAGUCGCCGAGGACCACCUCUGGCCAAUCAGCGCGCGGGACGCUACUGAAGGAGAAGACGAAAUCAUCAACGAAGAUGAUAGUGACACCCUCGAAGGCAGUCCUGAAAAGGGCGACAGUGAAGAAGGACAUGAAGCAGAUGGAAUCGGAGUUGACAGCGACGAUGAGGAUGGAGUCGCUACAGCGGGAGGCGCUAACGAGUCAAUGGCUACGCAUUCCUACACGGUUCCGAUCGAAGAUGGCUACGUGGACAACAUGGUCGGGGACGUUCAUCAUCGUAGCGCCGAGGGAUCUAAGCCCCUGAGCAGGGUGCCGAGAAGUGCCACGACAGACGGUCGAGACAAGACCCACAGAAAGCGAAAUGAGUGGAAGAAGCUGGGGAAAAAAGCGUCGCAUUGCGAGGAAAUCGACAUAAACGAGUACGUCGAGGUGGAGGUGAUUCGCGCGGGUCGUGACCUCAAUUACACGUACUCCGCAGGGGCUCGAAUAAGGGUCAGAUGCCUGGAAGGUCACGGCCUCAACAUCGGCAACAAAACGGCGAAAUGCUCCCGAGGGAAGUGGAGACCCAUGAAACCGGAAUGCGUCACGUUGCCAUGCCUGGUGCCGCAGACGGCGAACGGAUAUUACGAAUUCAACAGCGUGCAAGUGCCGCAGAAGGCCACAAUUCCGCAUGCGGAGGUCGUCAGAUUUUGGUGUCACGACGGCUACGCGGUUCUGGGGUCCAACACCCUCAGGUGCUGGUAUGGGGAAUGGACCGUCACCGGAAUCAGACCCCACUGCCAACCAGACCCCUGCUCGCUACCGGUCAUCGACCACGGAGAAUACCUGGAUGGACACCUGCCAGGGGACAGUAUGGAACACAGCACUGUCUUCAGCUACACCUGCGAGGAUGGAUGGCUGGUGAACGUGCCCCAGAUUACCUGCCAUCUCGGGAACUUCCUUCCGGAGCAGCCUUCUUGCGUAACACCUGAGCAGGCUACUCACAUAGGGCACCGCCUUCCACAGCCGAUGAAGCUCUUAUCCUUCAGUGAGAGCGACGUCUCACUCGGAGGUGACAUCACCAGCAUCGACUUCAUGACGAGGCAACACAGCUCCUGCAGCCCCCCGACGCAGAUCCAAGGAACAGUCAUUUUCAAAAACGGCCAGCCUCUCGACGAAGGAGAGCGAAGGUUUCCCGACGGAAGCGAGGUCACUUUCAACUGCAUAGCGAACACGAUGGGAGAAAAAUCAACCUGGACUCUGCGAUGCGAGGACGGCUCGUGGGUAGGACAGAAGACCCCUUCGUUCUGUCGAUCGGAGGAGCCAAAAACCGAGGCGCCAGACAGAGUCAGCGAGGGAAAUAAGUCGUGCAUCUGGAAGAAAUUGGAGUCGAGGGUCGUCACAUUCCAUGGCGAUCUGGAACUGACUGAAUUAGUCAUGGAAUUCCAGCCUGGGACCGAGCUGGUGUCUCGCUGUUCUGACAUCGGCAAGUACGCCUUCGUAGGAUCAGUCCGCCGGCGUUGUGUCGACGGGGAGUGGACAGGGGAAUCGCCGAAAUGCUUCGGGCUGAACCGAGACUUCAGUUAUUCUUUGGACCGCCCCCCAACCAUCCUCAUCCGACACAAGGACGGCCCCAUCGCCCAGACCAACGACGGGAAGCUCCUGGUCCACCCUGGGACCCAGCUCUACCUAGAGUGCCUCUGGGUGAGGCGGUAUGGCACUCCGAGGUGGAAUGUCUCCCAUACUUACGAGGACGUAGAUGAGAAGGACGAGAAGGAAAUAGGAUUGGAGCUGAAGGAAAAAUUGAGGAGUGCCGGACUAACGGAAGAAGGUGGAGGGAAGUAUUGGACUGGAUGGAGUACGGAUGCGAUGAGGAACCCCCAGUUGGAAUACCGCCUGGCUCUGUACACCACCCACGUUGGGGAUUCCGGAAACUACACUUGCACGACGCCCACUGGCUACUCGCAUUCCGUCUACUUGGAUAUAAAAAGAGUGGAAUGUCCUCCGCUAGAAGAAUCCUUCCAGGGCCCCCUGACACCACGCCGCCACCCACAGUCCACGACGACCCUGAACACCGUCGUGACAUUCUCCUGCGGGCCUGGUCUGAACCUCAUAGGACCUCGGAAGACCAAGUGCCUCCCUUCAGGAAAAUGGUCGACUUCUAUGCCACGAUGCGAGAGUAGGUCUAAAAGGAUAAGAUGCGAACUACCGGAGCCGCCGAGGAACGGAAGGUUAUCGGGCAAAGGUCCCUAUACGGCAGCAGAUGACCUCGAGAUUACCUGCGACACGGGAUACAUGCUGACUGGCCAGCCGGUGAUGCUGUGCAAGCCAGAUGGUACCUGGUCGGCACCAGUACCGACGUGUACCCAGGCCUGCAUGUACCCAGGGAUCAUCAUUUCGGGCACGAUGAGCUCCGUGAAGUUCUACUACCCCGUGAACGAUAACGUCACUUACACGUGCAGUUCCGAGUUCGAAUUGCACGGCGAGCCGACCAUUACGUGCUUGGAAGGUGGGAUCUGGUCUGCGCCCGUGCCAUCCUGUUUACCGAAACCAUAAAGAAGAAGAUAGAGAAGAGAUAGAGACGAUUCAAUCAUGAUAAUAAUGAUCCACAUCGAGUUCCCAAAGUAACAUGAUUACCUGCUUCAGAAAAUGCUGUUCGCUGGAAAAUAAGAAGAAACCCUCAGACGUGACGAGGAAUACCCGAAGGAAAUGGGUUGUGGUGCUCUGUGUAAAAUUCCGAAAUAAAAUACAUUGGAAAUGAAGAGCAAAAACAAUCUAAAGUGGCUUCACACUGACGUGUGCAUCAUUUUGACGCGAAUCAGGAUUCGACACAAAGUAUUUGGCUUCUGGUGUAAAAGAUAAUCGCUUAUUAUUACACAAAAUUUAAAUUCAUUGAUGAAGAAUGCCCAUUCCUUUGCUUUUUCGCCAAAUAACUCGUAAGGGAGUUAUGAUAUUAAUCAUAUUAAUUUUAAAAAUAACGAGGUAUGGAAAGUCGAUUUUAUAAAAAAAAAAAAAAAAAAAAUCUUUCUAACAAAACAACUGUUACGUGUCACUUUUACAAAGAGAAAUUAAUAAUUAGUACCUAAGAGAUAUUAUACUCCCUAUGACAUUGCCCUGGACUACAUUACCUCAAAAUAAGUUGGACAGCAGCCAUCCCUUGUAACAAAUCUCCAAGAAUGGACCAUUUUGUCAGGCACUUCUAAUUAUUCCAUAUUCAUCAUAUCAGAAAAGGUCCUUUAUUAAAUGAAAGAAGACAUAUAAAACGGAUUUAAUUGUCUCUUGUUUUAAUUCAUUUUUUAAUCUAUUGAAUAUACUGAAGAAAAAAGUGUUUUAAAUAUAUUUUCGGCGAUUAUGAAUACCAUCCAUACUGGAAACUCAGUAAGGACUGGAACUUUCAGGCUGUCAUGUUUUACUCCCUCGGGAAGAUUAUUUCUGUUUCCCAGAAGCCUUUGUCUUUUAACCUAAGUUAAAUUUUCAGGGAAAAAAACGACUCAUUAGAUAGAUUGCUCUAAAAAUUGAAUGGUUUAAACUUUCACGACAACUCAAUGGGGCACUCUUGGACCAUCCGUAGCUCGUAGCCUGAGCUGAAAAGUACCUCAGUGGUGGACUUCCUAGAGUUUCUCUCUCUCUCUCUCUCUCUCUCUCUCUCUCUCUCUCAUUACAUAUCUAUGUAAUUCUAAACAAAAAAAAAACAUUUAAUGUUUUUUUGCAUGAAUGAGAGAAUCGUCUGCUAAUCACAUUUCUCUCUGACCAGACUAAAGGUUGUACAUAAGCAAAGAAUCUCUUCCUCCUUCCGUCUUGGUUUUCCAGUGUUUGCUGUUGAGAAUAUACCCAUAAUACCAAUGCUUGGUAUUUUGGGUAUACCGCAUUUUCUUAUGUUUGUCACACAAAUUAUGGGUAAAUGUUUACCUCUUGUACAGCUCAUCUUGAAUUAUAUUCCACUGAUGCCCUUUGACUACAUCCAUUUGAAGUUCCGUGCCCAGAGAAUUUGUAAUGCUGAACCAGAGGAAAGAUGUUACUGUCAGAUUAAACUGGUUUGGUGCAAGCAUGUCUCUUGCUCUUAAGAAUAGUCUAUAAAGAAGAAGAAAACUCUCAAGAAGAAAAAAAUAGAAGCCGUUUCGUACAUCUCAUCAUGACUACCCAGAUAUACUUUUCAGAAUCCUUCUGUUGCUUCCUGUCAAAUUGACGAAUCCAGGUGUCUAGUGAAAGUUGGGCACAAGAGACUGGAAAAAGCUUUUGAACUUAUUUCAAAACUCUUUAGUCCGUGUGUACUGUACAGAGUCAGAAUAAAGCCAGGUCUUUCACUAACUGAAUGAAACAUGUUACCAUGUCCUGAUAGUGUCCUUGACUCCAUCCGUUCAAAGCAUCUAGUCCAUAUUCCGUAUACAUUUCGGUAUGAUACAGAUUUCGGAAACCAUUAAUUAAUCCAUUGUUUACAACUAUAUCUAAUGAAUGAUUACUGGGGCAUUCCAAUGAUCAUUUAAGAACUCACAAGUCCAGGUUCCUUGUACAGUUGAUAGUGAAAAGGAGGACUUAGAGGAAAGACUGCUGUGUACUGCUCACCUUAACAUUACAUCAAUGCUUCGGUGAUGAUGACUGCAAACUCCAGUUCCAGAAUUCUUCUGCAGUUGAGUAAGAAGCAUUCCUCCAUUCAGAUCUGUGACAACAUAUACUGCCAUCAUAUAUGGUAUGUAUUUAUUAUAUACUUAUACUUUGCUGAUGCCUUGGGCCCUUUAUCAACUCUACUGACUUUGAAGAAGAUAGAAAACCCCGAUGAGUACAUUUCAUCAAUACCCCCGAGAUACUUAACACAUGACUGGUACCGGUGAACCUGCCAUUUCAAAACCUACAUCCAAACGUCCCGUGCAGAUGUGCAAGAAGAAGAAGAAGAAUAUGUCCAUCACUGACACUCACCACCCUCAUUUGUAAACUCCAAGUCGAAACAUCCUGUACAGUUGGGGGAGAAGAAGAAGGAGAAGGAGACUCAUUCCAUACCGUAGAUUAAUAAUAGAAGAGUCAUAAUGUUUCUCAUUUCGAUCAUCCCUCUGGGAAAUGCAUGUGUCGCUGUUGUUGUUGUUGUUGUUUCAUCAACUACUGUUAUUCAUUAUUCACUCCUAUUAUGUAUAUACACUUUUGCUACCCUCAUGCUAAGAUACCAAGAACAUAUAGAUGUUUAUGAAUUCAUAUAUGUACGAUGUAUAUGUGGUCUAAUGAAUGUAUAUACAAUAUGUGUAUAUGUAAUGUAUAUAUGGCACUCCUUUAUGUAUAUAU